CUCUCUCUCUCUCGAUCUUUUUCUUGGGUUUUCGUUACCGAAAUCGAUCGGUUCGCCGUCUCCUCUCAUGGCGGAGGCCGUCGAGGCGCCCGCCGAUCCUCAGUCGGAGCCGCGUGAGAGCCCUCGCGAUGGAUCCCCCUCUCAGCUGCCGCCGCCGCCGCCGCCUCCUAGGAGGGACGGGGACUCGAGGGAUAGGAAGGGCGACUGGCCCCCGAGCCGGCGCGAGGACCACCACGAUUCCAGAAGCAGCUCGCCACCUCUCCCCCCGCCUCCGGCGUCGGGGCGGCCAAGGGGCGAGAAGGAUCGGGAGUACCGUAGGCGGAGCAGCCCGAGCCCGCCGCCUUACCGUGACCGUCGACGCUCGCCUCCCCGCCGGUCCCCUCCGCCUGGAUCCUUUAAGCGAGCCAGGAGGGAUGAUGGUGGAUACGACCGGCGCCGGGGUAGCCCGAGAGGGGGUUAUGUUCCAGAUGACAGAAGAUACGGUUAUGAUUAUGGUGGCGGUUAUGAUCGAGUUGGCUCGGGAAGUAGAGGUGGGUAUGGGGAUGAAAGGCCUUAUGGUCGCCAUAUGUAUCGUUCAUCAGAUUUGCCUGAUUCAGGACAUGGUGGUUAUGGUGAUGGCCCUGAGUUUAUUCAAAGGGGAGGUUUGAUGUCAUACAAGCAGUUCAUUCAAGAACUUGAAGAUGAUAUUUCACCUGCUGAAGCUGAGUGCAGGUACAAAGAAUACAGAUCUGAGUACAUUUCCACUCAGAAGCAAGCUUAUUUUGAAGCUCAUAAGGAAGAACAAUGGCUAAAAGACAAAUAUCAUCCAACUAACUUGGUGGCAGUCAUUGAAAGGAGGAAGGAACAGGCUAGGUCGAUCGCGAAGGAAUUUUUACUUGAUUUGCAGAGUGGAAUACUUGACCUUGGACCUGGAUCAACAGCUUCAUCAGCUAGCAAAUCUGGAAAUGGUAGUGAACCAAACUCUGAAGAUGAGGCUGGCCCUAGUGGCAAAAGGAGAAGACACGAUAGGGGGCCGGCAAAAGAAAAUGAGCUACUUUCUGCCACCCCCAAGGCUCACCCAGUUAGUUCUGAGCCACGGCGAAUACAAAGUGACGUAGAACAAGCUCAGGCCUUGGUCCGUAAACUUGACAUAGAAAAGGGUAUCCAGGAUAAUGUCCUUUCUAGUAGUGGCCAUGAUAAGUUGGAUGCAGAAAAAUCACAUGGGGGAUCCAUGGGGCCAAUUGUAAUUAUACGUGGCUUGGCCACUGUCAAGGGCCUCGAGGGUGUUGAGUUGUUAGAUACUUUGAUCACUUAUCUAUGGCGUGUUCAUGGCUUGGAUUACUAUGGCAUGUCUGAAGCAUCUGAAGCAAAGGGUCUUCGACAUGUUAGAGCUGACAAUAAGACUCAUGAUGGAACUAAUGCUAGUGCAUCCGAUUGGGAAAAGAAACUUGAUUCAUUCUGGCUGGCAAGAUUGCAAGGUCAGGAUCCGUUGGAAACAUUGACAGCCAAAGAUAAGAUUGAUGCAGCAGCUACUGAGGCCCUAGAACCUUUUGUGAGGAAAAUACGAGAUGAAAAAUAUGGUUGGAAGUAUGGAUGUGGAGCCAAGGGCUGUACUAAGCUUUUCCAUGCUCCUGAAUUUGUUCAUAAGCAUCUCAGACUAAAACACCCAGACCUUGCGAUUGAGCUGACCUCAAAAGUUCGAGAGGAUCUGUAUUUUCAAAAUUAUAUGAAUGAUCCCAGUGCACCUGGUGGAACACCUGUCAUGCAGCAAUCUGCAUCAAAGGUGAAAAUACAAAGACGGAAAGCAUUGUUGGGUGACCGGCUUAGAGAUGAACAUGGCAACCGCAGGGAUCUUGACAGGAAUCAUAGAGAUGGUGACAGGGACGAUAUGACUGGCAAUUCGCCUCGUGAUGCCAAUGGUGCCAUGGAGGGGGAGAAUCAUGAAAAAUCUCCAUAUGAUACCUAUGGUGGCCAAGGCUUGCAUGGUUCUUUUCCUUCGGAUGUUCCUCCUCCACCAUUGUUGGUGCCCGUUCCUGGUGCUGGCCCGCUGGGACCUUUUGUCCCUGCCCCACCAGAGGUUGCCAUCCGAAUGCUGAGGGAGACUGGUGGACCCUCAUCAUUCGAAUCUAAUGGUGGACCUCGUGGUAUCAAAGGAAGACUCGGUCCGCAAGUGAGUGUUCCAGCCCCAAUUCUUCCCUCACCAGCAUUCCGACAUGAUCCCCGUCGGAUAAGAAGUUAUCAAGAUCUUGAUGCGCCAGAGGACGAUGUGACUGUCAUAGACUACAGGAGCUUAUAGGCUCCCUCAUUUCCUGUUCAUCGUUUGUGCUGUCGACUCCAAGCUGACUUGUUACUUUUUUUGUAAUAUGAUCACAUCUCUUUUGCAUGAAGUAUUCAUUUGUGGGCAGAAGGGAUGAUGUUACCGAAAUGACAAUGUUUUGGUUAUGCUA